UUAGUAGAGAUAAAACAUAGCCGUUUAACCAAUGACACACACGCAACGUGUAAGACUGUUGUUAUGACUUCUAAGUUUUGUAAACGUCAUAUUGAUUAUUUCCUUGCAGAAGCAAAGAGCUGGAAAUCGAUCACUAUGGAUUUUCUCUAUAGUCUGCUGCUUGCCCUGUUCCCACACUGCAUAUUAUCUACGGUAGACCCUAAGAACGUACGAUGCUUAGUGUGCCGCAGUGUAGUAGAAGAAAUUGACAGUGUAAUACAGAAAGUUGAUCCAAAGAGAACUAUGGAAAUUGGAAGUUACAGACUAGAUUCGAAGGGAAACCAAAAACAGAAAACUGUGCCUUACGCCCGUUCAGAGAUGCAUCUCACAGAUGUUCUUGAGACAAUUUGCAAUAAGAUGGACGAUUAUGUGAGAGCUACUUACAAGACUUCAGGAGAAUUGACACUUUUGCGUCUCAUUGGUGCAGAUGGACAGAUGAAUCCAGAACUUAGUCAUGUGGACAUUGUCCAGGAUUCAGAUCUCAACAAAAGUCUAAAAUUUUAUUGUGAAGGGAUUGUGGAGGAAUAUGAAGAGAACAUCCUGCGAUUGUUUGCCAGAGAUGCGGACAAUAUUGACAUCAAACUAUGCUCCACUGAGGCAAAAUUGUGUUCCCACUCCGAGUCAGAUGUGGAUGACUAUGAGUUUGAGGAUAAAGAUGAACUGUGAUGAUGUGUUGAAGUGUAGACAGUGUAAUUAAAUUUUUUACUAUUGCAUUCCUUGUUCAUAACUGUAAUAUUUUUUUACCAUAAAUGUAUUUAAUAUGUCUUCCAGGGUGUUUAAAUUGAAAUACAAGAAUUAUUUUCUGUUACUGCAUUG